CAUGGCUGGUCCAGAAAGUGAUGGCCAAUUCCAGUUCACUGGUAUUAAAAAGUAUUUCAGCUCUUACACUCUCACAGGUAGAAUGAAUUGUGUACUGGCCACAUAUGGAAGUAUUGCUUUGUUGGUCUUAUACUUUGAGUUAAGGCCUAAAAAAACCCCAGCUGUGAAGGCAACAUAAAUGGAUUUUGAAAUGUCUGACCUCAUCUGUUAGUCCCAUGCCUGAAGAAGCUGAUGUCAACUCAUCAUGUAAUACUCAAUUUGUACAAUAAAUUAUGAACCUGGAAAAAAAAA